CAGCUUCCUCGCGUGAAGUAAAUCCUGCCUGGAUCUGGCUGCCAGCUGCACAGCCCAGCCCUCCCAGCCCCCUGCCCCUUGAUUUGUGAUGCACACUGGUGGCACAGAGCUUCCCACAGCCUUCAGUUGUCAGCGCUCUGAAAACAUUUCAUCCCUACACGAAGGCCUUCCGGAGACACCAUGCUAAGUGCUGAGUUCAUUGUUAAAUCAGCCUUUUUUCGUCUGGCUUGCUCAAUGUAAACUGAACAAGUAAAUUAAAAGAUCCUCAGCAGCCAACCAAAGCCUUGACAGCGCCCUGCGAGAGCCCGGGGAGGCGGGGAGGGAGGCAGAGGCAGAGGCCGGGCCAGGGCAGCGUUAAAAUGCCUGCGGGCAGCCUGAGGAGUCUGCCACCGACACUAUGGCAAGCCCCUGCGUGGAGCUGAGCAACAAGAUGAAGAUGCCCAUCCUGGGGCUGGGCACCUGGCAGGCUUCUCCAGGAAAGGUAGAAGAGGUGGUGAAGCAUGCUAUUGAUGCAGGCUACCGGCACCUCGACUGUGCCUAUUUCUACCAGAAUGAACAUGAAAUAGGGAAUGCAGUCCAGCAGAAGAUCAAGGAGGGAGCUGUGAAGCGGGAAGAUCUCUUCAUUGUCACUAAGUUGUGGAACACAUUUCAUGAGAAGUCCAUGGUAAAGGAAGGGUGCAAACGGAGCCUUGCUGCACUGCAACUGGACUACCUCGACCUCUACCUGAUACAUUUCCCUAUGGGAUUUAAGGCUGGUGAAGAUCUGAUGCCUACAGAUGACAAGGGUAUGGCAAUCCCCAGUGAUACAGAUUUUCUGGACACAUGGGAGGCCAUGGAAGAGCUGGUGGACUGUGGCAUGGUAAAAUCCAUUGGAGUUUCCAACUUUAACCAUGAGCAGAUUGAAAGAAUCUUGAACAAGCCAGGACUAAAGUACAAGCCUGUAAAUAACCAGAUUGAAUGCCAUCCGUACCUGACCCAGGAGAAGCUGAUCAAGUACUGCCAAUCCAAAGGGAUCGCUGUGACAGCAUACAGUCCCCUGGGUUCUCCAAACCGGCCAUGGGCCAAGCCAGGGGAACCCCUGCUGCUGGAGGAUCCUAAGAUUAAAGAGAUUGCAGCUAGAUAUAAUAAAACCCCUGCCCAGGUCCUGAUCCGGUUUAACGUCCAAAGGAACGUGGCUGUCAUUCCCAAGUCUGACAAAGUGCAGCGCAUUAAGGAAAACAUAAAGGUGUUUGACUUUGAGCUGUCUAAGAAAGAGAUGGAUGUCAUCCUCAGCUUUAACAGGAACUGGAGGGCAGUUCCAGUAGCCCAGGCUGUCAAUCAUAAGGACUACCCAUUCAAAGCAGAAUAUUAACACCAGUGGUUUCUGCGAGACCUCUGUGUAUCUCCUUCCAGAUUAGAAGAUGUCCUCUGUAUCUGAGUCCUGAUUUCUUCUUUUGUACUUGACGAUCAUUAAAAGUGGUUACUUGUCCUCCUUUUUUAGGAGGAGACCACUAGCUGGUGAAAGAAUGCAUCAAUGGGGAUGGGUCUUUUGUUGAGAGGGUUAGCAGAAAUCUGUUCUUGAUUAAUAGUUUAAAAAAAAAAGACAAUGUCUCAUUUCUGUUUUUCCUUGUCUUCCUUAAUUAAAGACAUGUUUAACAAAUAAUAAAAAAAAAAUCUUGUAAGUAACUAGAUUUUUUUAAUGUUGUUUUCAGUGCAGUAAGUCUUACUGGCUUAUGAGUGGCUGUUGGAGAACACUGUCUUUAAUUACUUUGCUUUUUGCAUAGUUGUGAUUUUUAUGGUGUGAAUCAUUAAUGCUUUAAAAUUUUAUAUGAAUAGCAAGAAAACAAAAAAUAAAGUUUGAAUAACAACAAAA